AUGGAGCACAAUGAAGCAGUGGAUGGACUACUGAAUCUGUUCUCCAAAGCAAAUCGAGACCUUUCAGCAGUCCACAACAAGCUCCACAAGGAAUUCAACCAACUCUACCCCGAUCAUGCAAACCCAAUGAAGCUGGUCUCGAGGUUGAAAAAGAUAGAAGAAGAAAUGUCGUCGUUGAAGGACCAAUGUCGCGAGCUUCUUGCUGCAAAACAGGAUCUCAUCGAUAAAGCAAGAACACUCUUGGUUGGAAACAGGACACAGCUGCAGAGAUUGCAAUCGUCGGCUGGUGUUCCUGUCACUAGUGAUGCUGAUGAUCCUGCUUAUGUCAGCUUUAAUCAGAUUAUUGAUGAGUGGGGAAUGCAAGUCAAAUCUAAGACAGACAAUGAACUGGAGUCAGAAUCUAAUGAUAUAAACCAGCUGUUGUUCUCAGCUAUUAUCCAAAGCAACUGA